AUGGAUCACGCUGGGCACGGUGUUUCGCACGGGGAUUCUCACGUGGGCCCUCACGUUGGGCCUCACGGUGGCGAUACCUCUCGAAUGGGCCCUCCUUCACACGGUGUCUCUUCUCACGUCGAUCAUGCCAGUCACAAUCACAUAAUACACGAAACAAACGAUUCGCACAACGGUUCUCACUGUCACGGAAUGUCGAUGGAAUUUCAUUUCGGAUAUACGGAAACGAUAUUGUUCAGCACGUGGAAAAUCGAUUCCGUCGGAGGACUCAUCGGUUCCAUGUUCGGUAUCGUUUUGUUGGCAGCCUUGUACGAGGGACUCAAAUACUACAGGGAAUAUCUUUUUUGGAAAACCUACAAUUCGCUUCAGUAUAAAUCCGUUCGGUUUCCCGGCGAUAAAGUCGUGGAAUCAUCAUCGGACGGAAAUAAAAUCGUACAUCUCGUAGGCGAAGUCAUACACAAACAACCGCCGUCCAUGUGGAACCUAAUGCACGGUUAUCAAACGUUUCUUCAAGCCGUACAAAUGGUUCUAUCAUAUUUUCUCAUGCUCAUUUUUAUGACGUACAACGUUUGGUUGUGCACGGCCGUCGUUUUAGGUGCGACAAUAGGAUAUUUUCUAUUCGGUUGGAAAAAAUCGGUUGUCGUAGACGUGACGGAACACUGUCACUAG